AUGUCUGCUGCCAGCUGUCUGAGAUCUGAAGAUCAGUUUCUGUGCUCCAUCUGUCUGGAUGUGUUCACUGAUCCAGUCAGCACACCAUGUGGACACAACUUCUGCAAAAACUGCAUCAAUGAACACUGGAACAGUAAUGACCAGUACCUGUGUCCAAUGUGUAAAAAGGUUUUCAACACAAGACCUGAACUUCACAUCAACACUUUCAUCUCUGAGAUGGUUUCUCAGUUCAGACAGGAAGCUCAACAGAAAGCCAGCAGCAGCAGCUCAGAGCAACAAGCUGCCAAACCAGAAGUUCCCUGUGACGUCUGUACUGGAACCAAACUGAAGGCCCUGAAGUCCUGUCUGGUGUGUCUGACCUCCUACUGUGAGACUCACCUGGAGCCUCAUCUGACAAUGUCAGGUCUGAAAAGACAUCAUCUGAUGGACCCUGUGGAGAACCUGGAAGACAGGAUGUGUAUGAAGCACGAUAAACCUCUGGAGCUGUUCUGUAAGACUGACCAGACAUGUGUCUGCAUGCUCUGCUCUGUUUUAGACCACAAAACACAUGAUGUUGUUCCUCUGAAAGAAGAAUAUGAAGGAAAGAAGGCAGAGCUGGGGAAGACAGAGGCUGAAAUUCAGGAGAUGAUCCAGAAGAGACGACUGAAGAUUGAAGAGAUCAAACACUCAGUUGACCUCAGUGAGGAAGCUGCAGACAGAGAGAAAGCAGAAGGUGUUCAGGUCUUCACUGCUCUGAAGGAGUCUGUUGAGAGAAGCCUGAAUGAGCUCAUUGAUACGAUUGAAGAGAAGCAAAGAACAACAGAGAAACAGGCUGAAGACUUCAUCAAAGAGCUGGAACAGGAAAUCUCUGAGCUGAAGAAGAGAAGCUCUGAGGUGGAGAAGCUCUCACACUCUGAAGACCAUCACCACUUCCUCCAAAACUUCCUAUCCCUGAAAGCUGCUCCACCCACCAAAGACUGGACAGAGGUCAGCGUCCGUCCAUCAUAUGAGGGGACUGUGGUGAGAGCUGUGGCUCAGCUGGAGGAGACGCUUAGUAAACAGAUGAAGAAGCUGUUUGUUGAGGCUGAGCUGAAGAGAGUCCAGCAGUAUGCAGUGGAUGUGACUCUUGAUCCUGAUACAGCACAUCCUAAUCUCAUCCUGUCUAAUGAUGGGAAACAAUCAAAUUAUGGUGAUGUGAGGAAGAAUCUCCCAGACAACCCAGAGAGAUUUUCUUAUUGUGUGAGUGUGUUAGGAAAGCAGAGUUUGUCUUCAGGCAGAUUGUACUUUGAGGUUCAGGUUAAAGAGAAGACUGACUGGACUUUAGGAGUGGCCAGAGAGUCGAUCAACAGGAAAAUAAAAAAGACACCAAUAUUUAGGGAUGGUUGCUGGAAUAUAUGGUUGAGAAAUGGAAAUGAGUACAUUGCUUGUAAUAGCCCUUCAGUCCAUCUCUCUCUGAAGUCUCGUCCUCAGAAGGUGGGGGUGUUUGUGGAUUAUGAGGAGGGUCUGGUCUCCUUUUAUGAUGUAGAUGCUGCAGCUCUUAUCUACUCCUUUACUGGCUGCUCCUUCACUGAGAAACUCUACCCAUAUUUCAGUCCCUGUUUUAAUGAUGGUUGUAAAAACUCUGCCCCUCUGAUCAUCUGUCCUGUCAAUCAAACUGAGUAAUCAGCUGUUUUAUUUUAUGAGAGCAAAUAUAAACAUUCAGUGUCUCACACUGUGCACUGUACAUUUUGUUUAUUAAGAAUAAUAAAUAACUUAAAUACAGAAGUAUUUAUGUAUCCCAUGAAAAGUGAGAUCGCUAUUUAAAGUUAAAAGUAUUAAGACUUCUGAUCAAAUUCACACGAUUGUUGUAAAUGUGAAGUUUUACUGCUCUAUGUAAGAGAAACUGAAUAUUUUCGGUACUUGGACAUUCUUAGUAUUUUCUGACCUUUCUUGGAGUAAAAAUCAAUCAAAUCCAAAGGAUAUUAGAUAGGUUAAUUUAAAUGGAAAUAAUCAUUAGGUGCAGUAAACGGUGAUUAGGUGAAAUAUAUGUUCAUUUAUAUUUUUUAUAUUUGAAGUUUGGUUUGUUAUCGGUCACUUUGCCAUUUUCUGUUUGUUUGAAUACUGAUGAGAUUGAUUAUGAUUUAAAGAAAUCUGUAAAUAUGUGAUUGUAAAGAAACCAACUGUAAACUAAACUAGGUGUGUAGUUUUAAUGUGAUGCUUUAACAACAUGACCUGAGUAAGCAGUGACUUGUUGAACACCAAACAGUAAAAAUAAAGCCUGGUUUACAGAGAAGCUGUGUUUGUGUUUCUGUUACAGUUCAUUAACAAUCACUAAUGUUUUUACUGCUUUAUUUAACAUACACUUAUUAGUCUACAUUAUGCAGCUUUGUAUCAUCAUCAUUAGUUUCUCUCUGCACUGCUUGUUGUUUUUAUUUAACUGACCUA